UUCCGGCGAGGGACGCUCCCGCACCUCCUGCACCUCCAGCUCGUCGCAGGAGGAGGGCCCCAGGCUCCUUUCUCCACCUCCUCUCACUGCUCCCUGCGAGCCAGGGGAAGGCUGCGGAGAGCCCCUACCACCGCUGGCCUUCUUUUUAUGUUGUCUGCAGGGGGAAAGAGGGCGACGGACAACUCGGUGCUGGGGAACUGACCUCUGGCUCGGCGGGCCUCUGGGGAGGGAGAGCAGAGGAGUGGCUGGGGCUGGGGGACUCCAUGCGGGGGCCAUGGACAGAGCGGCGCUCCUGGGACUGUCGCGCCUGUGCGCGCUGUGGGUAGCCCUGCUCGCGCUGUUCCCCUGCGGAGCCCAAGGAAAUUGGAUGUGGUUGGGCAUCGCCUCCUUUGGGGUUCCGGAGAAGCUGGGCUGCGCCAACUUGCCGCUGAACAGCCGCCAGAAGGAGCUGUGCAAGAAGAAACCGUACCUGCUGCCGAGCAUCGGAGAGGGCGCGCGGCUGGGCAUUCAGGAGUGCAGGAGCCAGUUCAGACACGAGAGGUGGAACUGCCUGGUCACCGCCGCCGCCCCGCCGGGCACCAGCCCUCUUUUUGGCUACGAGCUGAGCAGCGGCACCAAGGAAACAGCAUUUAUUUAUGCUGUGAUGGCAGCAGGCCUGGUGCAUUCUGUGACCAGGUCUUGCAGUGCAGGCAACAUGACCGAGUGCUCCUGUGACACCACCUUACAGAACGGCGGUUCAGCAAGCGAAGGCUGGCACUGGGGGGGCUGCUCCGAUGAUGUCCAGUAUGGCAUGUGGUUCAGCAGAAAGUUCCUAGAUUUCCCCAUCAGAAACACUACAGGAAAAGAAAGCAAAGUACUUUUAGCAAUGAACCUGCACAACAACGAAGCUGGAAGGCAGGCUGUCGCCAAGUUGAUGUCCGUGGAUUGCCGAUGUCACGGAGUUUCCGGCUCCUGCGCUGUGAAAACGUGCUGGAAAACUAUGUCUUCUUUUGAAAAGAUUGGCCACCUGUUGAAGGAUAAGUACGAAAACAGUGUCCAAAUCUCGGACAAAAUAAAGAGGAAAAUGCGCAGAAGAGACAAAGAUCAGAGGAAAAUACCCAUUCGCAAGGAUGAUCUCCUCUACGUUAAUAAGUCUCCCAAUUACUGUGUCGAGGAUAAGAAACUAGGGAUCCCCGGGACCCAAGGCAGAGAAUGCAACCGCACGUCGGAGGGCGCGGACGGCUGCAACCUCCUCUGCUGUGGCCGAGGCUACAACACCCACGUGGUCAGGCACGUGGAGAGGUGCGAGUGCAAGUUUAUUUGGUGCUGCUACGUCCGCUGCAGGAGGUGUGAAAGCAUGACUGACGUCCACACUUGCAAGUAGCCCCUCCGGCCAGCCUCUCACCGUGCAGGCCUGGUGAAGCUGACCCCUGCCUCCUCUAAGUCCCAGACCCUGGCGCUUGGCGCUGAGCUCCCUUUACCCAACGGAUAGCCGAUCACACACAGAGCGUGUGGAUUUGCGGGGAGGAAGGAGCAGAGUUGACAAAGAUUAGGUUCAUUUUUUGCUGGUUUAGAAAUAUAUAUUGACACAUCAGGAAGAUAAUCUGACUCCUGAACAGGAAAGAACAGGAAGGAGCCUUCAUGCGGGAAGACAUGGUCCAUAUUCAGGGUAAGAUCCUGGAUUGUGGAACUCAGCAGUAGUGGGGGAAUAUGAGGCAUUUUUGAAAGACACUUCUUCUAGCAGCAAGGAACAGUAAACAGGAUCUCCUUUAUCCUCUCACCAUUUUAGAUGAAGAAAUCAUACAGUUCGCGCAAAGAAACAGAUGCUGGAAAGUUAACAGAAGUACUGGGUGCUUAGUUUCCCUUUCAUGCAUUUCAAAAGAAGGGCAAUCAAAACGAAUUUCCCUUAGUGAUACUGUGUGCCUAGAAAGUGUUUGCUAGAGAUGUUUAGUGACAAAAGGGAAGAAUGUAAACGUAAAAAGUAAAAUGUAUGGUUUGGAUUUUAAGUGCCUUUUAACUAGGAGAAUUUAUCUAGAAAAAUUUCAGUCAGAUAUACAGCACUUUUCCUAUCCUUGGCUUCAUUUUUUAAAAAUUUAAAUUCAAGUGAGUUAACAUGUAGUGUUGUUGGUUUGUUCUUUAAUGAUAGACCUGUUGCUACUCUUAAAACCCCAACUCAGAAAUAAUGGGGAAGAGAGGGAUCUUAAGAGCAGGCGGGAAAAUUAAAGGUAAAAACACAAAGGGCUCUCAUACAUUGUAAGGGGAAGCACCUUUAAAUGUGUAAAAACAGUAUUUUGUAUAGUAUUUUGCUAAAAAAAAGUUAUAUAUUUUGUAAAUACAGUAUUUAAGUUAUAUGAUAUAUAUUGACACUUAAGACACUUAUUGCCAAAGCCCAAGAGCAAGGGCAAUAAAAUUAUCUCAGAAAUAAGAUUAGCUUCUGUUUCUUUCCAUACCUUUUUUAAACGUUGAAAAGAAGUUAAUUGAGUAGUUAGUUAUAUGGAUGUGUUUUUCUUGUCAAAAUGACAAUUUUAGAUGUUAUAGGUUAAAAUAUGCUGCAAAAUACUGAGAAUUGUGUUAUUUCAGCAGAUUAGUUAAGUUCUGCUUUUAAUUAGUUAUGUUUAAUUUGUAAGGUUAUUAUAAUAAAUUAUGCAGUAAAAGUGUUAACUGGUAAGAGAAUCUAAAUCAAAAUAAUGAUCAAUUUGUGGAUUUGAUAUCCUGGAUAUUUAUUAUAUUGUAUGUAAUGCUGCAUUUCCAUGUGAAUGUUGAAUGGUAUCUCUAAGUUUAGGAUCCACGCAUGUAUAUUCAUCAUAUUUUACAAGGUUCCUGGUAGAUAUUACAGGGCUAUAUUUAAGGUUGUGUUUAAAUGUAGAUGCUUAUGUUUUUUAUGAAUUGUUAAACAUUUCAGUAUUAUUUAGGGAAAAUUUCUAA